UCUCAAGUCUACGCCAUGAUCAAGGCUUCUCUACCCAAUGUUUCAGAAUCAAAUCUGUAUAAGAAGACCGAAAGAGCUGGAAGUGUUUAUAAGCUAUUCGGGAAGAUUAUCGAUCCUGCAACCAAAAAAGAAGUUAUAGGAAUCGGUAUCGAUAAAGUUUAUGGAAUUUCGUAUGGAGUAAGAGGUAUAUCUGAAUUAAGUAAUGCUCAAAUACUAAACAUCAUUAAUCGAGUCGCAGAAAAGACACGUGUCAUCCUGACCAAUGGUCAGGAACAAAAUCAUGUGACUGAAAAUUCUAAGACUAGCGAAAAAAGCUUACCCAUACUUGAAGAAAAUUCAUCCUUAUCAGCCGAUUUGGCGAAGGAAGUUAGGUCAGACGAUGAGGCCCCGGAAGGACCUGAAAACGUUCCUAGUGGUUCUGAAGAGGAAGACUCCGAUGAUGAGUAUGAUCACGAACUUCAUGAAAGACUCACGCGUGAAGAAAUGACAAGGUUAGCGAAGUUAGAGGGUAAAGCGCAAAUUAAGCCUGCCAAUGAUGUAUAUUUUGAUGAGGAAGUUGAUCAUGAUUCCGCACUCCAUCGAGUGGAAGAAACGAAAGAUGAUAAUGAGUGCAGUCACAACAAUGAUUCUGAAGAAGAGAUGCCAGAUGAAUCGGAUAGAGGUUAUUAUUACGAUUUAAGUAGCAGGAAAAAAACUUAUAAAAAUUCUGAUUAUAUAAUUAGUGCAUAUUAA